AUACACGGGGGCGCUGCGGCGGGCGCGCGCCUAGGACUUGGCGUCGAGGGGGUGGCCCUCCUCCGCGGCGACGAUCUUCUUGCCGUCGAAGGGCUCGACCUUCGUGACGUCGGCGGGGACGACCUUGGCGGCGUCGACCGUCGUGGACGCGUCGGGGUAGUGCAGCGCGGCGACGGCCGCGCCCGCCACCAGGCUCGUCAGCGAGCCGACGAGGCACAAUUGGAAGCCCACCUUCACGCUCGACUCGUAGACGACGCGCGAGCCGAAGCCCGUCGCCGCGUCGAAGGUCGUCGCGUCGAUGGAGCACGCGACCUGCUUCAGGUAGUUCUCGUGGACGAGGUAGCAGCCCAGGCACAAGACGUCGAG